AAAAACAUCAAAAUACGACAAACAUCCUUUUUAAGUCUGUUGAAUGUUCUAGAUGAUGCAUCUACCGGCAGGAAUGUUGUAUAACGCGAGGUAAGUGGGUGGGUCCGCAUUAACAUUCACAUCGACUUUCGUUUACCACCACCAUCGGAUCUUAGUCAGUUGUGUAACGGACACAGUUGGUAACGUACGGGAUUUUAGUGUUUUAAACCAUGGAUUGCUUUAAAUAUGUAUUUUCGUUGCUCAUGGUGAUCGUGUGUUUGGUGAUCACAACAGAGUCGACGAUACCGCAGCCAAGAGCGCCUAACUUCCAAUACUUCGAAAGGCCGAACUACCGAUAUCCGUACUAUGACGAGAAUGGUCGUGGCAAGCUGCUAUACGGCUACGGAGGGUCGGAGCUAUACCAAUACAAGUCUUACUCCCCGCUAGAAGGAAUUCACUGAUUACACGAAGCACUGGUAACAAAUAGAACAAAAGUGAGGCUUCAUUUUGUGCACAAGGGAAAUAUUUUGUAUUUAAAACGUCCGUCAAGAGCAUGGUUCAUGAAAUAAGUACUUAAUAUUUUACCUAUGUGUUUAGAUUCUAUGGGUAAUAUUAUAUCAAUGUAUACAGAGGCUGUUACGUACGAACCGUGCCUUGUACAAAUUAAAUAAAUAUCAAUUAACAAAAUGAAGGCUAUUGGAAUUUAGGUACCUAAGUACUUACUUACCCAUUUUUAUAUUUUUGUACAUAUUUUAAUAUACGGUAGUUAAGUAAUAAA